UAGUUGAUUUCAUGCAAUGGAUCUGCAGCUCUGUCGUGUGUGUGUGUGUGGUAGAGCGCAUCAGAAGUUCAAAAGAGCCAAAUAGGAUGAGGACUGUGGAGUGGGUGUUGACUCGACCUGCCUUUAUUUCUCUUUAUCACCCCCAUUCACUCCCUCUACAGAAUCUUACCCGAUUGAUUCUUCCAUCACGCGCAGCCAUCUGCAAAAGUGGUCUGUUGCCAUUAGGAUCUUGACUUCAUUCAAAAAUUUGUAAAUCAUACCGCACUUCUCAGUCAUUCAAUCACAGAACUAACGAAAGGGAGCCAACUCAAGCACAGCUAGCAACAAACAUAGAAAGGUUGGACAGAGACAUACCCAAUUGCCUUUUUAUUGCCACGUCAUGAACUCUGACAAAAUCGAUGCUGCUACAGUUGCAAUUGAUGACUCGACCGCUGAUUCGCAUGCCAUCAAUGCCGACAGUGUGAAUAGCGAGCAGGGCAACAUCAGUACCAACACUAGUACUAGUGGCAAUUCCGGUUACAUAAAUGGAAGCGUGCAUAACCCCACUGAAGGAGGCUGUCCCUGCCACAGGGUAAACAGGACUUACGCCAAUGGGACCUGCGGUAUUUGUCAGCGUACAAUCCCUGCUUGGGCGGAAGCAGCGAUGGAACACGCGCGAUUGCUUGAGGAGCAGGAGCGCACUCAAAAACAUCUGGAGGAGGCACAGGCACGAGCUACGUCUGAGUCGGCAGAAACGCGGAUGCUCCGUCAAAAAGUUGAAGAGCUUGAAAAUACACUCGCUGUAAAAACAUCUGAACACUCAAACGUUCAGCGCGAUCUAGCAAUCCUGAACGACAAAUAUGUGGACGAGAUCGAGAAAGUCGCCGAGAUGCAACAUGCCAAAGAAAUGGUUGAAAAUGAGUUGGAGGAGCUCAGUCGCACAUUAUUUGAAGAGGCCAACGGUAUGGUGGCAUCAGAGGCGAGAGCAAGGCAUCAACUUGAGUUGAAACGGAAACAUCUCGAACUCGAGCUGAAAGACGCUCAGGAGCGACUCGCAGCCGAGACUUCCCAGCUCAAGGAGCUUAAGGCAAAAAUGGAGUCUAUGAUGGAGUCACGACCGCAGAGUAAACGCUCUUCAACCAAUCCUUCAGACCGUGGAAGCGUUGAUCUUGCUCAAUUAUUUGGCUUGAGCAGGAUCUCGGAGAUUGAACAGCCAGCAUCACCGGGGCCGGAGACUGCAAUAGCUAUCGAUGGCCAAUUAAUCCAAGAAUUCAAGGAAUUUGUUACGCAAAGUGCGUCAGUGCGCUUGGCAAAGAUUCAUAGUUUGCCUUUCAUGCGACAUUGUCAAGACGAGGAUGUAGAACCGUGCCUACGAUUCGGAAACAACCCCAGGAUUUCAGCUAGGAAACUUACAGAAGGCAUCUGUUCCAACACGUGUUAUAUCGAGGAAGCGACGCCAGAGCAAGUCAAGGAAUACGAACGUAUGAUUCUAGCAGCUCAACAACCACCUUCACCUGCGCGCAAUUCCAUUUCUAACAAGAACAUGCUCUGGGAGCGACUACAGACGCAGUAUGCUAUGUAUCAGGCACCUAAGGGAGGCUGUCAGGCCUGUGGACGCGCAGGACCCCUAAGCCAUCGGUAUCGCAUAGCGACUUCCGACGAAUGGUCGUUCAUCGAUCGAUUUUGUCGAGACCGUUUGGUAGCCGUUUGUGAGUUCUACAUUUUCAUUCGGAACGUCCGCGCCGGCCUAUAUGCAUCUCGUGCAAUUGAGGACCUAUACUCAGAAUGCCUUCGUCUUCGACUACAAAUGUUCUAUGCACGUUCAGGAGUGCUCCCAAUCAUGCUUGCAGAGCUUGGUAUAGCCACACAAUCUAUUGGUAAUAUGGGCCCCUCCGGGGAGUGGCCAGAAGGGGUUUAUCAUCGAGCAGAAGCCAGUGAUUCAGGAUCAAUUGCGUCUGUCACACCAAUUACAACACCCAAAAAUGAACGGGCGGAACCACUUUCAAGACCACAAUCUACUAGUGCAAUCGAUGAUUUUUCAUCGCGCGCAUCAUCUCGCAAGGUUUCUGAAGACAAGACGAGAGCGCUUAACACGAACAGCGUAGUUGAUAACAUCUCGGAACAUGCAGAUGAAGAAUCCAAACAAGCGGUUUCAGCGAAUCCUUCGACAAUGACCUUGGCUUCGGCUGGACCAGAGUCAACAGGCUCACUGAUCCCUAGCGGGGACGAGACGCUAACCUAACUUUGAUGAAUAUUAUGUAGGCCCAAAAGGUUUAUAAAGCAGAAUCAAGAACAACGAAUUAGCAACAAUAAUAAAUAAAUACAUAGUGUUUGUUGUAUUGGC